AUGUCAGUGCACUCCGGCGGAGAUAUUUCUAUCACCGAUUCGCGAUAUGCUUCAUCACCGCUCGGGCAGCCUUUCAGAGCUCCCCCUAUUUGUUCGGGACACACAGGAGAGCUUAUGCCCCUUUGUGGAAGUUCGACUCUCGAGUUGAAAAGUGAACUUUAUUGGUCAAGUCCAAGGACCACCGGACAAAAGCAUGCAAUACAAGCAUGUAUUAGCAUGGCGUAUGGUAUACCUUCCGAGAAUCUUUUAAUCAGGAGUAUCUCCGCAAGGAUGGGGACGUCGACUGCGAACAUGGCUUUGCCCAUCACUAGGUUGAUGUCCAAAACUGAACCAGAUAUGGGCAGCCCUUCUUCCCCGCUGCUUAAGUCGCUCUCUGCUAUGGCUCAGGUUACUAAGAAACCAAGUCACAAAUCCGAACACAGUCAGGAAUUUGUUGUCAAAGCAGAGCCCGAAUCUGAGCCUGUGAGGCACAUUCACAAGGGGGCUCAGGCAAAUGUUCUAAUUCCAGCUGUAUGCUCUGUGGAAAAGCUCCGUUAUGAACAUGUUUCUCCCAAGCCUGCAGUCGACGACUCUCCCCCUCUUUUGGAUAACCAUGGCGCAACCUUCUCUAAAGAACACUAUACUAAUAUAGAGAUGCCAUAUAUUGAAAAUCAACCAAAUUACAGUCAUCAGCAAUUCACGAUGACGCACGUGAACACGGCAAAUGCUUCCCAACUCACUCUUGCUUGUCCACAAUACAUCCCUCCUCUUUCAAAGUUUGCUCUGUAUCGUAACUGUGUUUCUUCUCUUAGGCUUGGUAUUAGUCGCUUGCAGGUUCAAGGGGUAUUGUGUCCCUCACUCGAUCCAUGGCCGCCUGAAGAUAUCAGCUAUAAUGCUCCCAAACAUCAAGAUGCUCAUGAGUCUCUGAAUCUGUACAAGAGUUUGUUUGGAUUGGCACAGUGUCUCACGUCCCAGAGAGGAGCUUCAAUUCUCUCUCCAGGUUCUAUCCACGCAUCCAACUCACCUGUGUCCAGUCAAACUCAGUAUAACAGUAAUCCAACCUUGGGAUCGAGUACCACGGGCAGCGUCAAUAAUGCUGAACAGAACAUUGAGCAAAAUGCAAAAUGCAGCCUUGAAGAAGCAAUCAUCAACACUGAGUUGGCCAAUCUCGACGCUAACUCACUUAUGGAACUUGGCAAUUUCUUCUAUAGACUUGCUUUUCAGCGUGAUCCAAGCAUCGCAGACCUUGGACUAUCCCAUGACUAUGUACCGGAUUCGUAUGCUUUCCCAUCGGAAGUGCCUGUGCCUUUGCCUUCACACUUGAAUAAUCCAAGCGCUUCUGAAACCUUUGUUCGGACCACUUAUCUAUCAACGUCUGAUGACAAACUACAACCAAUUACACACGCAAGCACUUCUUUUAGCAUAAACCCCUCUUCGACUCAUCUCCACAGCAGCGUGCGCCUUCCGCCCUACUUUAACCCCUCAGAGCUACCAACUACAGCGUUGCCAAACAAUAGCAAUACUGUUCACAAUAUUGCUCCUUGCACAGCUGCCGAUGAGGUCAACAGCCAUUUUCGCACAUUUGAUGUGAAUGACCUAAGUAUUAGACCUUCGGGGCCCAAGAAGCCCAACAAAGCAUUACAUACCACAUGCACACGCACACCGGAGUUAAACGUAAUUACUACAGUUGCUAUUUCAGCUAGGAUCGGAGCAUUUAACAAGUUUGACUUACAGGACACAAGUGCAGUAUUUGUGGUACAUGUUUUUCGUGGACCAGUGGAUUUGCCAGACACAUGA